AUGUACUAUCCUGAUUUGGAGCAAGUCAAAGAUCUUGCCCACAAGGGCAACCUGAUUCCAAUCUGCCGAGAAAUCAACGCUGACCUGGAUACCCCGGUCAGCGCAUAUCUGAAGGUGGCGCGCCCGCCCUACUCCUUCUUGCUCGAAAGCGUCGAGGGCGGCGAGCGCAUGGCGCGAUACAGCUUCAUCGGAACCGAGCCGGAAUCCGUCAUUAAGACUGGAAGAGGGCAACCUCUAGGAAGAGUUGACCCACUUGAGCCGAUCGAACGUGAACUGGGCCGCUACAAUCUGAUAGAAGUGCCGAAUAUACAACGCUUUAACGGCGGUGCGGUCGGCUACCUGUCCUAUGAGUCUGUGAAUUACUUUGAGGAACUUCCCACUCCCAGCACGGACGUGCUUGACGUGCCGGAGUCGUUGUUCCUGAUGACUAUGACCUACCUGGUAUUCGACCAUAUUGGACACAAGAUCAGCGUCGUUAGCCACGCUCAUCUGAACGGCGAUAUAGAGCGCUCCUACAACGAGGCUACCGCACGCAUAGAUGAGAUAAUCAGGCGGCUUCAAUCGCCACUGGUGAUGCCCGUGUCAUCGCAUAGCGCGCCUAGCCAACGUCUCGCUACGACAUCCAACAUGACGCCUGAAGAGUUCUACGACAUGGUGAAUCAUGUCAAGGAGUACAUCGUUGCGGGCGACGUCAUCCAGACGGUUGUUUCGCAGCGUCUCUCGCGCCCUACCACGGCUGAACCGUUCCAGAUUUACCGCUCUCUGCGCGCCAUAAAUCCCUCACCGUACAUGUACUACCUUGAACUGGACGGUUUCCAGAUUGUCGGCGCUUCUCCGGAAAUGCUGGUGCAAGUUGAGAACGGCAUCGUCUCCACCAAUCCAAUCGCUGGCACGCGCCCGCGAGGGGCGGACGCGGCAGAGGACGACGCCAACGAAGAAGAGCUUCGCACAGACGAAAAGGAACGCGCCGAGCACAUCAUGCUGGUUGACCUUGGGCGCAAUGAUAUCGGACGGGUGAGCGAGCCGGGGUCGGUUGAAGUUACGCAGCUAAUGGAUGUGGAGCGCUACUCGCACGUGAUGCAUCUCGUAUCCAAUGUGAGCGGCAAGCUCCGUAAGGACUACACGAACUUCGACGCGCUGAGAGCCUGCUUCCCGGCGGGUACGGUGUCAGGCGCACCCAAGAUUCGCGCCAUGGAAAUAAUCGCGGAGCUGGAGCCUGACAAGCGAGGACCUUACGCCGGCGCUGUCGGCUAUUUCGACUUCACCGGCAACAUGGAUACUGCUAUCGACAUUCGCACACUGGUAAUCAAGGACGGGAAUAGCGCACGCUCAGGCGGGCGGCGGCAUCGUGUACGACAGCACGCCCGACUUCGAGUACCGGAGACGCUGCACAAGGCAUCGGCGCUUAUGCGCGCUAUCGACGUCGCUGAAGAGGUCGGCCUCGCACGCGAAUAG